UCACCAACAUCGGCUACAAGAGCUACAUCGUCUUCGCCGUCAUCAACUUCGUCACCCUGCCCGUCGUCUACUUCUGCUUCCCCGAGACGAGCCGCUUGCCGCUUGAGGCCGUCGACCUGCUCUUCGCAGACCGCGAUGGCAAGCGGCCCUCCAUCUUCCGCGUCGUUCGCGACUCUAAGAAUCCGCAGUAUCUGGCUGAGAUUCAGACGCAGCUGCAGGAGCGUGCGCGCCUGCGGGCGGAGAACGAGGCCAUUGUCGAUGCGGCGAAGCGGCAGGUGGAGCAGGUCGAGCAUGUCGAUUUGGAGAAGUAGUCAUAGACUAGAAGGAGUUGGGAUUUAG